GGUCCAUUUGAACGGUGAAAAGCGGGCUUUGUAACGUUUUUUUUUUGUGGGAACUGGAAACAAAGGGAGUGGGACUACAUCGCUCACGGAGCACUCCAAAAAAAGCGUCAAACUUCGAACGUUUACUUCAGACGAAUAUUGGCUACCAUUUAAGGCGUCAACAUGUCCCAUAAACAGAUCUACUACUCUGAUAAGUAUGACGAUGAUAAAUACGAAUAUAGACAUGUCAUGUUGCCCAAGGAUAUUGCAAAGCGUGUGCCAAAGACCCAUUUGAUGUCAGAGUCGGAAUGGAGGAACCUGGGGGUCCAGCAGAGCCAGGGUUGGGUGCACUACAUGAUCCACCAGCCAGAACCGCACAUCUUGCUUUUCAGGCGCCCUCUGCCCAGCACUAAGUAAAAAAGCCUCCAAUGAGUCCUACUACACAAGUGUUCUACAUCAACCGACUUGAAAGUAGCCGCCAUGCUGUUGGACUACAAAGCUCUUCUUGCGGGAUGAGCGACUUGGAAUUUUUUUUGGGGGAAGUGGAUCAUGUUGGACUAGGAGGGGAAACAUAACUGUUGUGGCUCGUGGAUGUGGAAGGAACGCCACCACGGGGGUAUGAAGAAAUGGGAAGAAAAAAAAAGACUUCUGCACAACUCUGCGGUUCGCAAGAAAUUAACUCUGCUUGUGCUCAAUCAAGCUUUGAGUGAGAUGUUGCUGCUUGGUAGAAAUGCCAUUUUGACACUGAACAUUAUGACAUCUGGCCAUUUAUUUGGCAUGUGUAUGACAAGCUGCUGUUACGAAAGGCGAUUGAUCCUCUUGUUCCCCCCACGCAAGAGCAUUUACUGUAUAACUGAAUCUUGGCUAAUUGUAAAGUCUGUCAGUGAGCUGAGCAGUAUUUAUGAAUGUUGCCCUUUAUGAAAUAAAUGUCAAACUUUUUAAA